UUUAGAUUUGAACAAAAUGAAAAUUAUUUCAUCAAAACGACUCAUUUUAUUGACUUUAGCCAUAUCAAGCUUGUUAACAUCAAACAUCCUUUGUACAGAUGAAUUAAUGAUGUCCAAUCUUCACAGCAAAGGAAAUUAUGACAAAUAUUCUGAGCCUAAAGGACACCCAAAAGGGGAAAAGGAAAGAAGUCUCAAUUUGGAAAAUUUAAAAGACUGGGGGCCAAAAACUGUCAUUAAGAUGAGUCCACCGCCAGCCAACAAAAUGCCACACCCAGCAGCCAAUUUGCCAUUGAGAUUCGGGAGGACGCUGGAAGCAGAAAGAAGCAACGAGGCAAUGGACAACCUGCCUCUGAGAUUUGGAAGCAUGGAGAUGAGCAUUUCGAGACGUGUUCCCAAUCUGCCCCAAAGGUUUGGAAGAACGGCAACAGCCAACAGUGUCUCUGAAACACUGAGUGAUUUGCGUCAACAAUCCACACAUUCACCCUCGGUCCACAAGCUGCUUUACUCCAUGAGCUGCCAGCACCCAGAAACCCAGAACCCAGAUCGAAAGCAGGCAAGGAGACUGGUAUUCAAGACAAUAGAUGAUGCAGAAUUGAAACAAGAAAAAUAA